AUGUUAAAGGAAACUAAAAAGUUUAUUGGUAAAUCCCUUCAGCCAGCCCGACCUGUGCAUCAUCUGUCUUCUAAGCAAGAAAGGAUCAAAUACAGCAGAGAUUUCCUUCUGAAACUUUCAAGUGUUUCUGUGUCUCAAAAGAAGCAAAAGUUUCUUCCUGAUCAUCCAGUUGUGCUUGAAAAGCCAAUUGGAGGAAAAAUGAUCCAUGACUCUUGA